AUCGAUCUAAGAUGGCGACUGUGGAACCGGAAACCACCCCUACUCCUAAUCCCCCGCCUACAGAAGAAGAGAAAACAGAAUCUAAUCAGGAGGUUGCUAACCCAGAACACUAUAUUAAACAUCCUUUACAGAACAGAUGGGCACUCUGGUUUUUUAAAAAUGAUAAAAGCAAAACUUGGCAAGCAAACCUUCGGCUGAUCUCUAAGUUUGAUACUGUUGAAGACUUUUGGGCUCUGUACAACCACAUCCAGUUGUCUAGUAAUUUAAUGCCAGGCUGUGACUACUCACUUUUUAAGGAUGGUAUUGAGCCUAUGUGGGAAGAUGAGAAAAACAAACGAGGAGGACGAUGGCUAAUUACAUUGAACAAGCAGCAGAGACGAAGUGACCUGGAUCGCUUUUGGCUAGAGACACUGCUGUGCCUUAUUGGAGAAUCUUUUGAUGACUACAGUGAUGAUGUAUGUGGAGCUGUUGUUAAUGUUAGAACUAAAGGUGAUAAGAUAGCAAUAUGGACUACUGAAUGUGAAAACAGAGAGGCUGUUACACAUAUAGGGAGGGUAUACAAGGAAAGGUUAGGACUUCCUCCAAAGAUAGUGAUUGGUUAUCAGUCCCAUGCAGACACAGCUACUAAGAGCGGCUCCACCACUAAAAAUAGGUUUGUUGUUUAAGAAGACACCUUCUGAGUAUUCUCAUAGGAGACUGCGUCAAGCAAUCGAGAUUUGGGAGCUGAACCAAAGCCUCUUCAAAAGCAGAGUGGACUGCAUUUAAAUUUGAUUUCCAUCUAAAUGUUGCUAAGAUAUAAGAGAAGUCUCAUUCGCCUUUGUCUUGUACUUCUGUGUUCAUGUUUUUUGUUUUUUUAAUUUUGGCUAGAGUGUCCACUAUCCCAAUCAGAGAAUUACAGUACACAUCAUCCCCAGAAUCCAUAAAUGUGUUCCUGGCCCACUCUGUAAUAGCUUAGUAGAAUUACCAUUACAAACACAUCUUACCCAUCCACAAUAUUCAAAAAAGAACUUGCGUUUCUAUACCUUACAGGAAAAAAAUUCUGUUUAUGUUCCAUUGUAUGCAGGAGCAUAUUUUGCUGGUUUGAAAGAGUAUGAAGCAUACAGUUUUCUAGCAAUUUUCUUUCUUUCCUUUUACAGCAUUGUCUUUGCUGUACUCUUGCUGAUGGCUGCUAGAUUUUAAUUUAUUUGUUUCCCUACUUGAUAACAUUAGUGAUUCUGAUUUCAGUUUUUCAUUU